AUGCAGAAUGCAGAAGAUAGAGGGGAGAGAUUUUCAGAUUCGGUGGUAAAAAUUGAGGCUGAGCCUCUCUAUUUAUACCCAACAGAGUUGAGUCCCAAUAGGUGUAAUUGUGCCUGUUCGUUUGAAAAGUCUAUAGUGGCUUUGGUUUACGAUGUGAGAGUAAAUUCAUGUCCUCGGGUGGGGCGGGAGGUGGGGUGCAAGGGUGGGAAGGGGGACAAGGUAGCUUCUAGGCUGAGAGUUGGGUCCUGGAACAUAGAGACGUUGACGGGUAAGUCUAUAGAGUUGGGUAGGAUUCUUCAAAGAAGGAGGAUCAACAUAGCGUGUGUCCAGGAGACCAGGUGGAAGGGUACUAAGGCAUGUGAUAUUAACGGGUAUAAACUUUGGUACUCUGGAGAUGCUGGGGGCAAGAAUGGGGUCGGUAUAUUAGUCGACAGAGAUCUUAGGGAGCUAGUGGUCGAGGUUAGGAGGGUAAGCGAUAGGGUGAUGGCGGUUAAGCUUCUGGUUGGGGGGCUCACUUUGAAUGUGAUUAGUGCUUAUGCUCCUCAUAUAGGUUUGGGCGAGGAGGUCAAGAGGCAAUUUUGGGAGGACUUAGACGAGGUGGUGCGUCAUAUUCCAUGCAUCGAGAUGGUUUUCAUUGAAGGGGAUUUCAAUGGCCAUAUCGGGGCUAAUGCCGGGGGUUACGAUGAUGUGCAUGGAGGGUUCGGUUUUGGAGAUAGGAACGAGGCAGGUACUUUGCUGUUAGAUUUCGCUAGAGCUUUUUAUUUGGUGGUAGUUAACUCGAGUUUUCCAAAGAGAGAGGAGCACCUGGUCACUUUCCGGAGUACGGUGGCCAGGACCUAG